AUGAACGACAGAGAAGGAAGCUCUAUAAUUCCUAACCUACAUGGCAGUAGCAACAAGCGACGGCGCUGCAAACCUCGUGAGCCCGCAGACAGAGGAAGCGACAGUAAUGAUGAAUUUGUUUUAACACAAAAGCUACCAAAGGCUAGCUUGCACCAUCACAAACAAAAUCCAAGCCAUUAUAUCAAAUCUAAUAGACGCGUCACCAAACGGCGAGCAAGAGACCACGAGAAUGUUUCACAUACGAGUGGAUGUGAGAAUUUGGAUACUACCAUUGCAAGCUAUGAAGAACGGCUCCUUUCAGAUGCCGUACUCAAGUGCCAACGAGAUAACGGGACGAUGACGUUUCAAAUGCAAUUCACCCAUACGCCCUCUCCCUGUGGUAUCCACACCAAACAUCCACAGACACUUAAACGCACGAACCAGUCGCGAAGCCGGGCAGUAAAGCCUAGAGAUGCUGGGUUGCUCAACGAAAGCUCCUUAACAUUAAAGCAAGGCGUUCCCCUGCGUCAUCAAGCGACUCCGAGGACGACGACAUUGAUAUCUACAGGGCAGAAUUACUGGCUCAAUGGGGUAAAAACACCUUCUUCCUGA